UCUGCUUCCACGCUGGGAUGGCUGACGGCAGGCACGGUCUUCAUUCGCUGGUUACGUUAUCACCGUGCAAUUCAAGGUGUUCUACAAGGAAUGAUCCCGAGACACCAUCUCUGUGAGACAGGAUGUGGACAUCCGGCCACUUCUUGGAAGAAUUUUCUCGGCCUACCUUCCCCAUGAGGCUCAGAUCUGUCUGACCUAAGAGCCAGUUGGCAUCUUCCUCCUGACAGAAGCCAGAUUUUCACUGGGGCUAGACUAUUUAUUGACAGUGUUUUCCCAGACCGGCCCGUUUGGACAAAGAAACCCAGCAUUAUCCAAGGAUUUUUCUUCCUUCUAUGUCUGCAUCUUUUAAGCGCUAUCUCUGUGGCUUUAAGAUCCCGGCAUUCGAGUGGGUUCCACGGUUAUCUAAGAAAAGUUGUCAAGAGGCUUUGCUCUGCAAGCCCCAGAAGAGAACUUAUAAAAACGGAAGGCAGUAGCAGAUGCAAUUACGGAUGUGGCUUAGUCGUUGCAGCUGCCCCACGGAGCUGUGCAGAGCAUACCGUCCUCAGCGAUGAACCCAGAAGAGCGAAUCGUGACAUGGCUUAUAUCCUUGGGAGUUUUAGAUUCCCCCAAAAAGACCAUCUGUGAUCCGGAGGAGUUCUUGAAGUCCUCGCUGAAGAAUGGGGUAGUGCUGUGCAAAUUGAUCAACAGACUUAGGCCUGGCUCUCUAGAAAAGUACUGCUUGGAGCCCCAGACCGAAGCUGACUGCCUCAACAACAUUGGUGACUUCCUGAAAGGAUGUGCAACCCUUCAGGUGGAGGUAUUCGAUCCUGAUGACCUUUAUUCAGGGGUCAACUUCUCCAAGGUUCUGAGCACACUUUUAGCUGUCAACAAGGCAACAGAAGAUCAGCUCUCAGAAAGACCAUGUGGACGUUCCUCUUCUCUUAGUGCUGCUAAUAGUUCUCAGACGAAUCCACAGGGAGCGGUGGUUAGCGCACCUCCAGGCCCGCAAAGGCAGUCCAAGGCAGUGGAGAUGACGGAAAAUGGAAGCCAUCAGUUGAUAGUAAAGGCAAGAUUCAACUUUAAGCAGACAAAUGAAGACGAGCUGUCGGUUUGUAAAGGGGACAUCAUUUAUGUUACCAGAGUUGAAGAAGGAGGCUGGUGGGAAGGCACAUUAAAUGGCAGAACAGGCUGGUUCCCUAGUAAUUAUGUCCGAGAAAUUAAAUCCAGUGAGAGACCUCUGUCCCCCAAGGCUGUCAAAGGAUUUGAAACGACUCCGCUUACCAAGAACUAUUAUACUGUGGUGUUACAGAACAUUUUGGACACUGAAAAGGAUUAUGCUAAAGAACUUCAGUCUCUGCUUGUCACUUACUUAAGACCCCUGCAGUCCAAUAACAAUCUGAGUACUGUGGAGUUUACAUCUUUAUUGGGGAACUUUGAGGAAAUAUGCUUGUUUCAGCAGACGCUCUGUCAAGCCUUGGAAGAAUGUUCCAAGUUUCCAGAAAACCAACACAGAGUCGGAGGUUGUCUGUUGAACCUCAUGCCUCAUUUUAAAUCUAUGUACCUGGCUUACUGUGCAAAUCAUCCGUCAGCUGUCAGUGUGCUUACACAGCACAGUGAUGAUCUGGAACAGUUCAUGGAAAGCCAAGGUGCAUCCAGCCCAGGGAUCCUCAUUUUAACAACCAGCCUCAGCAAACCGUUCAUGCGACUGGAAAAGUACGUUACUCUCUUGCAGGAGUUGGAACGGCACAUGGAGGACACACAUCCGGAUCACCAGGAUAUUCUGAAAGCAAUCAUAGCCUUCAAAACGCUCAUGGGGCAGUGCCAAGAUCUAAGAAAGAGAAAACAGCUGGAGUUGCAAAUACUUUCUGAGCCUAUCCAGGCCUGGGAAGGAGAGAGUAUUAAAACCUUGGGAAAUGUGCUGUUUAUGUCCCAAGUAAUGGUGCAGUAUGGAACAUGCGAGGAAAAAGAGGAGCGGUACCUUCUGUUAUUCUCCAGUGUCCUGAUAAUGUUAUCGGCAAGUCCUCGGAUGAGUGGCUUUAUCUACCAGGGAAAAAUACCAGUAGCGGGAAUGGUGGUGACUAGAUUAGAUGAAAUCGAAGGGAAUGACAACACAUUUGAAAUCACAGGUAACAUAGAGAGAAUCGUCAUCCACUGCAACAGCAGUCAGGACUUCCAGGAGUGGCUGGAGCAGCUGUGCCGACUCAUCCGGGGACCCGCCUCCUGCAGCUCGUUAUCCAAAACGUCAUCAUCAUCUUGCAGCGCCCAUUCCUCUUUUAGCUCUACUGGACAGCCCCGAGGACCCCUGGAACCUCCUCAGAUUAUAAAGCCGUGGAGUUUAAGUUGUCUACGACCUGCACCUCCACUUAGACCGUCAGCAGCACUAGGUUAUAAAGAGAGGAUGUCUUAUAUCUUAAAGGAGUCUAGUAAAAGCCCCAAAACGAUGAAGAAGUUUCUUCACAAAAGAAAGACGGAAAGAAAGCCGUCGGAGGAGGAAUACGUGAUUCGGAAAAGUACCGCCGCUCUGGAAGAAGAUGCGCAGAUCCUGAGGGUGAUCGAAGCCUAUUGCGCCAGUGCGAACUUGCAGCCAGGCCACGGCUCAAGUGCUCGCAAAGAUUCACUCCCACAAGUCUUACUCCCCGAGGAGGAGAAACUCAUCAUUGAAGAAACCAGGAGCAAUGGCCAGACUAUCAUUGAAGAAAAGAGUCUGGUUGACACUGUGUAUGCCUUGAAGGAUGAGGUCAAAGAACUGAAACAGGAAAAUAAAAGAAUGAAGCAGUGCCUGGAAGAAGAAUUGAAAUCAAGAAGGGACCUCGAAAAGCUGGUGCGGAGGCUGUUGAAGCAGACUGAUGAGUGUAUUCGGGCCGAGUCCAGUAGCAAGACCUCCGUUCUUCCGUAACCGUCACUGUGCAACUGGGCACACGUGCCUCCGGGGCAUCUAGAAAUGUCCAGCUGAAUGAUUUGUUUGCUCACUUCCUUGGUUUUUAUUUUGUAUCUGAGUCAGUCCUUCUCUCUCUCUCUCUCUCUCUCUCUCUCGCUCUCGCUCUCUCUGUUUGCUUGAGUGUUCGUUGUCGUUUGGUUAUUGGUUGGUUAUUUUCUUUUUGACUGGGGUAAAAGCGAGACAUGGUGGUGGAAAUCUCCCCCGAGUCUUUUCCACUCAAUAAGAAAAGGAAAACGAGGAUUUAAAAUGGAUUUUAGAUGAUUUAAAUGGUCUUCAUAUGGCCUUCAAUUUAUAGUGCCUCUUCACCAGCCAUUACUCGCCCCCACACCCCGCUCUGUCACUCUUUUGGGGCUGCCGUAUCAAAGUGGCCGGCCGUGGCUUAGUAAAUGUGAACUUGACUUUUUCUUUCAUGCUUUCUUGUAUCUGGAAGCCCCUCAGUACCCAAUUUAAGGAGGGCAAAGCUCCUUGAGCUAUGACAAGGGUAGGGUCAUUUGCCCAGUGACCCAGCCAUCCUGCCCCGACUAUCAUGUGCCACCCUCAAUGCACACUUUUUUUUUUUAAUUACUGCCCUGUGUUGUCUAUAAGG